AUGGAUCUCAUCAAGCGGAAACGAGAGGAGGAGGAGGAGGAGGUCAAUUCGCCGGCGGCCAAGCACUUCCACGGCCCCGACGCUAUCCUUGGCAUCCUCGACGACGACAGCGGAGCGGAUGCUGGAGGGCGCUGCGAAGAUCUCGCCACCGUGAUGAGGAGCCUCGAGCGGGAGAUUGCACUCGCGGCCUCCGCUUCUUCGCCACCGCCGUUGCCGCCCCCGCCUACGGCGGCGGCGGCGGAUCUGUGGUAUCUACUUGAGGCCUCCGACGACGAGCUCGGGAUUCCUCCGGCAACUUCGGAGGAGCGACCGCUGGGGGAAGAGGCGGAGGCCGCCGCCGCGGUGGCGGCGAUGUGGUUCGGCGACGACGAGAUGGGCGGAUUUGGGUACGGUUACGACGACGGGUUAGGAUUCGACUCCGUCCGUUACGAGGACGGGGAGGGAGUGGAUUAUGAUCACUUUGCGCCGUUUGAUUACGGGCGAGAUGACGUCUGGGCCGUCUGA